AUGGAUAUCGACAAAAUAUUCAAGGUUCCCAAGUUGCCUGCCGGCAGCAACAAACGAAGGAUGCCGGACAACCCAACGCCAGAAAUGCUGAAACGGAUGCGGAUGGAUACCGAUUCCUCAAGCGCUGCCACAUCCACCACCCCUCACGACACUUCUCGCGGGAAAGAUGGAUCGCGUGCAGCUAGCGUUCGAGACGAGGAAGAUGAGGAGGACAAAUUGGGAGGCGAGUUCGCCCCUGGAGGAGAUGCUGACUAUUUUGCAGAGGAAGAUGAGGAGGGUAGGUUCUAUGGAGGCGGCUUGACGAAAGAGCAGAAGGAUAUAUUGAACAUAUUCGACAAGGCUGGCGGCGAGGACGUACGACAAGAUCUCGAUGAAAUGACCGUUCCUGGUGUGCGCAGACUGCUACUGCGAUUUGAGCGCGCUGUAAGCAAAAACCAAGACCAAAGAUCAAAAUAUCCGGAUGACCCAACAAAAUUUAUUGACUCCGAAGCCGACCUGGAUGCUGCCAUUAAAGCUUUGUUGCCCCUUGCACAGAAUCCUAUCAUAUCUUAUUCAGAACUUGUGAAAACAGGCUCUCUGGCAUUACUAAUAGGCCUACUCAGCCACGAAAAUGCGGACAUCGUCAUUGACGUUGUAGAAGUAAUCCAUGAGUUGACAGACGAGGAUGUAGGGAACGAGGCAGAGGAGGAUGAGGAGAGUGAAGGAUCAAGAGACGAGGCACUGAAGGUUCUCGUGGAGAGCCUGCUGGAGAAUUCCAUUUUCGAGCUACUUGCCGACAACUUGCGUCGUUUGAACGAGGAUGAGGAGUCUGAUAGGCAGGGCGUUUUCCACGUAUUAGGUAUCUUCGAGAAUAUUCUCGGUUAUAAUGCCGAACUAUCCUCUCGGCUGGUAUCCAAGACCACGAUUCUUCAAUGGCUAUUGAAUCGGAUUGAGUUUAAGACCUAUGAUGAGAACCGCGGUUAUGCCGCUGAACUACUGUCCAUUCUCCUACAAAAUCGCCGAUCUAAUCGUUUGGACUUGGGUUCUCAAAAUGGCGUGGAGAUCAUUCUGAAAGUUCUGUCACAAUACAGGAGGAAAAAUCCAGCAGAUGCAGAGGAGACAGAGUUCAUGGAAAAUGUCUUCGAUUCGCUCUGUUCCGCGCUGGGUGAGCCCGAAAUCAAGAAGCAAUUCCUUGAUUGUGAGGGAGUCGACCUAAUGGUACUAAUGAUGAAGGAUAAGAUGCAGUCGCGGUCACGAUCUAUCAAAGUUUUGGAUUAUGCCAUGUCUGGCCCAUCGGGCACAGCCUCAUGCGAGACUUUCGUGGAGGCACUGGGAUUGAAGACACUGUUCUCCACAUUCAUGGGCAAGCCUCCAAAGAAACAUAAGGGCCAUGCAGUAGCACCAGCUUCAGAAGACACUUCCCACUCCCUUGGUAUCAUCUCCUCACUGUUCACCAACCUCCCUUCCGACUCCCCGGUUCGAAUUCGUCUCUUGGCGAAAUUCGUGGAGAACGGCUAUGAGAAAGUGGAGAAGCUGCUUGAGGUCAGGGAUGCCGCACAAACACGAUUGAAAACGGUCGAGAAACAGAUCGAGAAUGAAAGGAAGGGUAUGGUUGCCGAAGGCGAAGAAGUCGGCACAGACGAGGAAGACAUGUGGUACCUACAACGUCUUAAUGGGGGUUUGUUCACAAUGCAAACUACGGACUACAUACUCGCAUGGAUAGCGAUGGAGGACGACGGGAUCCGGGCGCAUAUACAACAAAUGCUCAGUCGUCGAGACAAGUCGCUCAAAGACAUCGUGAAGACGUUACAUAUAUACCAUGACAACGUCAACGAGGACGAAAUGCAGGACGACGGCAUGUCGCGACGGGAGAUUCUGCGCAAUCUCAUAGCCUUCCUGGAUGCAUGUUAA